UACAAAGUCUAACUAUAAGCUUCGUUGUUUCCCUCCAAAUUGAAGAAUUUGGGGAGGGUUUUUGCUUCAAAGCUCUAGGGAUCGCAUAACAGCCAUUCUUUCAAUCCAACGAUCCAUGGCGUCAUCUUCUUCUGUUGCAUCAGGCCCUGACAUCCCAUGGGUCGAGAAGUACAGGCCCAGCAAGGUGGCCGACAUCGUCGGCAACGAAGACGCCGUCGCCAGGCUCCAAGUCAUCGCCCGUGACGGAAACAUGCCCAAUCUCAUUUUAGCUGGUCCUCCUGGCACUGGUAAAACUACCAGUAUACUUGCUCUUGCUCAUGAACUUCUGGGGCCAAAUUUGAAGGAAGCAGUUCUGGAGCUAAAUGCAUCAGAUGAUAGGGGGAUUGAUGUUGUCAGAAACAAGAUUAAGAUGUUUGCUCAGAAGAAAGUCACGCUUCCCCCUGGCCGCCAUAAGAUUAUAAUUUUGGAUGAAGCUGACAGCAUGACAACUGGAGCUCAACAAGCCUUAAGGAGGACGAUGGAAAUAUAUUCUAACUCUACUCGCUUUGGUCUUGCCUGCAACACUUCUUCUAAAAUCAUUGAGCCUAUCCAGAGUAGAUGUGCCCUAGUCCGGUUUGGCAGAUUAUCUGAUCAAGAGAUCCUUGGACGACUUAUGGUAGUGGUUGCUGCAGAAAAGGUUCCUUAUGUACCAGAAGGUCUUGAGGCAAUCAUAUUUACUGCUGAUGGAGACAUGAGACAGGCUUUAAAUAACCUGCAAGCAACAUACAGUGGAUUUGGGUUCAUCAACCAAGAAAAUGUUUUCAAGGUAUGUGACCAACCCCAUCCCCUUCAUGUGAAGAAUAUGGUACGCAAUGUACUUGAAGGGAAAUUUGAUGAUGCUUGUGUGGGUUUAAAGGCACUAUAUGACCUGGGCUAUUCUCCCACUGACAUUAUUACAACCCUUUUCCGGAUUAUAAAGAACUAUGAUAUGGCAGAAUACCUGAAAUUGGAAUUCAUGAAGGAAACUGGAUUUGCACAUAUGAGGAUCUGCGAUGGAGUGGGAUCGUAUCUUCAGCUAUGCGGUCUGCUAGCGAAACUUGCAUUGGCUCGGGAGACUGCAAAGGCAGCAUGAAAAACACCAUUGCAGUGCAGCUAGAUACAGUUAUAUAAUGACGGACAACCCUUCUAGAGGUGUCGUGCAUUCUAUUUCUAGCAUUUCUUAGUAGUAAUUAGAAACUCAUGUAUGUGCCAGGACAUGCAACCUUUCUAAAUUGGCCAACUUAGAUUAUCAGGCAACAUAGUUGCACGAGAGUAUUGUACUGUUAUGUGAAUCAGUGAAGCUUUGGCCUCUGCUGCACUUGUGCUCCCAUCUUGAAGAAAUGCUGCUCAUCUUUGUCUGUGUCUUUUGGCAUUUAACAAUAGGCCAAUUGCCUCUCUGUUUAUGUUCAAUUCUGGUGCUCA